AUGUCGCUACUUGAACAAAUCAAUAGCCGAACACAAAUCCCGAACAAAUUAUUAUCUCUCGCUGGAUCAUCUAAUUCUAAGAUUGUUAUUGGAAACGCUAAGCUCCGGGUAGGGCAGACUCUUUCAGCAUCCGGCACAAGCUCAAAUGGAUCAAGUCAAAACACACUAGAAAAAAAAAGAAAACUCACAUACUCAGAUGCAAAAAAUCACAAAGAUUCAGAGCAAUUCAAAGUCAUCGGGGGGAAUCCUGAGCCAGUCGACAAUCAAGCUGCUCCAGAAAGAGAUGAAACAAGACAAAACACUUCAAGUGCAAACGCCAACAUCACUCAAGAAAAAGAAUUUUCAUUUCCUAAAGGUCCAGAUUUAAUAGAAUUGAAAAAAAAUCUAUGGUACAAUAAAAACAAAAGAUUAUGCCAUAGAAAACCAGUAUACUAUGGGAUUCACAAGGUCGGGAAUAAAGAACAUGACGUCGUUAUAAAGUUCAUUCCAUAUGAAGACAACAUGGAUCCAAUAGAGCUGAAUGCAAUGGCAAAACUGCAACACCCUAAUAUAGUCAAAUACAUGGACAGUGGGGAUUACAACUUCACCCCUCUUGGAAAGCACUGGUUUAUAGUAAUGGAAUGUUGUAAUGUAAAAACAUUAGAGCAAACCGCAAAAGAAAACCUGACUUGGGACAAGAGAAAGACUAUAAUGCUGCAAAUUGCUCAUGGCCUACAUCACAUGCACACUGAAUACAAAAUGCAACACAAAGACUUGAAACCGGCAAACAUUCUACAAUCAAUCUGUGGUGAACACUUCAAAUUGGCAGAUUUUGGGUACAACGAAGAAAUAUUGAAAAGUUCCAACGCACCAACUCCAGAGCAUGUAGGGACUAGAGGUUACAGAACACCAGAGUCCUAUCUUGACGAACCACUCCUAACCAAUCAAUCUGACAUAUACCAAUUGGGCCUAAAUUUUUUUUACAUCUUAUCCAAAGGUUGCCAUCUUUUUGGGCAAGUAAGUGCAGCCUGGGAGCAUUAUGCUUUAAGGAACAAAUUGUCAGUCAAGAAGAAAAGCCUGGAGAUCAUUGACGGCCCGGAUCGCGAACUUGCAAAACACCUGAUGUUGUCUAUGACGAGAGGAAAUCCAUAUACUAAAACCUUGGAAGAAAAGGAUUAUACCAAACUAAGAAAUGAACAUCAAAAAUACAGGGAAAAUAUGAGCAAAGAAGAAUUAAUUUUCGACAACAUGCCCAGACCUUCUGUACAAGAAGUGCUGUGCCAUCCACUUUUCUGGAGCUACGAAAGAAAGUUUGACUUAAUCAGGCAUUUGUCAAGGUCACUCAAAACUGGCAAGCAAAAGUUCGAAGAUUCCAAAUUAUUGACUGAAUACAAGUGGAAGGAAGCAUUAGAUGGGGAGAAUGAAACACCUACCCAACUUGCUGAAAUAACUAGGAGCAUGGACAGUAACUGCUGUAUGCUCAAAAUUUUAGGUCGCGUUGAAGAAUUAUUUCCAGAAGAAAAAACUAGGAGUGAAAUCAUGCAGUUUGUAGAAAAGAAAUUUCCAGGUUUCAUUCUCGAUGCUUAUUUGAUUGCCAAAGAAAAAAGUCUUGUCAAAAAUAGUUUUUUCGAAGAAACUGCUCGAAAUCCAUCGGAAAACUAA